UAAUUUAUCUAAUUACACCUUACUCCCUACUACUAUUUAUAACAUGCAGCACCACCGCCACCACCACCUCCUCCUCCAUAGCCAUGGCCGCCGCCACGUUACUGACCUUUAGUUUCUUGGUCACGUUGCUCCUUCCAGCCGCCCGUUCCCAGCCGACGGUGCCCCCCGCACCGGCCCCAGCCGGGCCUCUCAACCUCACGGCGAUCCUGGCCAAGGGAGGUCAGUUCACCUCCUUCAUUCGCCUCCUCCAGCAGACCCGCGUGGACGAGCAGAUCAACAGCCAGCUCAACAACAGCUUCAACGGCCUCACCGUCUUCGCCCCCACCGACAACGCCUUCGCCGCCCUCCCCGCCGGCACUUUCAACUCCCUGUCCCAGCAGCAGCAGAUCCAGCUGGUGCUCUUCCACGUCCUCCCCCGCUACUACUCCUUCUCCACCUUCCAGACCGCCAGCAACCCCCUCCCCACCCAGGCCUCCGGCGAGUCCGGCGUCUUCACCCUCAACGUCACCACCCCCUCUGCCGCCAAUUCCAACCAGGCCAACGUCUCCACCGGCGUCGUCGAAACCCCCAUCGAAACCCCCCUCUACGCAAACGUCCCCCUCGUCGUCUACCCCGUCCAGAGGGUCCUGCUCCCCUACGCCAUCUUCGGGCCGCACCCCCCGGCCCCCGCGCCGUCCGCCCGCAAGUCCCCAUCCUCCGCCGGCGCCUCCGGCGCUGCAGCGCCGGAAGACCACACUUCCGGAGCUACCAGAAUCACGGGAAUUGGUCGGAGCUUCGUCGCCGGAGCUCUGCUUCUGGCCAUUAGUACUCUGCUCUGAGAAGCCCCAAUGAUUUGUAUAUUAAAAUGAAAACUCGCUCUUUAUUUUAAUUGCUGCUCAAUUGAUCGUCGGAGUGCUUUCUUUCUCUUCAGAUACAACAAAUAUCUAUAAAUAUUUUCAGUUGCAUUUAAAAAUC